UGGAACAACAGAAGAGAGUCUUAAAGCAAUAAGAGCACAAUUUGCUCAGAGAAGCAGUAUCUGAGGGCUCUAUCCCCAUGGAAGAAUCCCCGCCCAAGCAGAAAAGUAACACAAAGGUGGCUCAGCAUGAGAGUCAAUAAGACUUGAGCACAACAAGACAUAUGAAUGUAGAGCUGAAGCACAGACCCAAGCCAGAGAGACACUUGAAGCUAGGUAUAUUUUCAAAAGUAUGUAUGAAGCAGGGAAAAGAGAUACUUUACCCAGCAUGGUCAUUGAAAGAGGAGAAUUUGAUCCAAAAUUUCACAUGCCUACUACUCCUUCAAAAAUUGAUCCCAAAAGACUCAGAGAACUUGGUCAGGAAAAGCUGGCAUUCAUGUGUACCAGAAGAAGGAGGACAUAUGAUUAAUAUCCAAGACUUAUUUGGACCAAAUAUAGGUGUUCAGAAAGAGCCUCAAUUAGUCAUAAUAGAGGGGGCUGCUGGGGUUGGGAAGUCAACACUGGCCAGGAUGGUGAAGAGAGCCUGGAAGGAAGGCCAACUCUACAGGGAUCGCUUCCAGCAUGUCUUCUUCUUCAGCUGCAGAGAGCUAGCCCAGCACAAGCAGCUGUGUCUGGUUGAGCUCAUAGCACAAGGCCAGGAAGUGCCCACAACUCCCAUCAGGCAGAUCCUGUCUCAGCCUGAGAAGCUGCUCUUCAUCCUGGAUGACAUAGAUGAGCCAGCAUGGGACUUGGAGGAACAGAAUCCUGAGCUAUGUCUGCACUGGAGUCAAAGACAGCCUGUGCACACACUGUUGGGCAGUUUACUAGGGAAAUCUAUCCUCCCUGAAGCUUCCUUCUUGCUCACAACUCGCACCACAGCUCUACAGAAGUUCAUUCCUUCUUUGCCACAGACAUGUCAAGUGGAAGUCCUAGGAUUCAGUGAGUCUGAACGGGAGAAAUAUUUCUACAAAUAUUUUGCAAAUCAAAGAGUUGCAAUUACUGCUUUUAUGGUGGUUGUCUCUAACCGAGUGCUCCUGACCCUGUGUGAGGUUCCCUGGGUGUGCUGGUUGGUCUGCUCUUGCCUGAAAAAGCAGAUGGACCAGGGUAGAGUACUCUCACUGACCUCACAGACCACCACAGCCCUCUGCCUGAAAUACCUUUCCCUGACGAUCCCAGGGCAGCACAUGAGGACCCAGCUCAGAGCCCUCUGCUCAUUGGCUGCUGAAGGCAUCUGGAAAAGAAGGACCCUGUUCAGUGAGAGCGACCUCUGUAAGCAAGGGUUAGCAGAGGAUGCCAUUGCCACUUUCCUGGAGACUGGUGUCCUUCAAAAGCAGCCCAGCUCUCUGAGCUACAGCUUUGCCCACUUGUGCCUCCAGGAGUUCUUUGCAGCCAUGUCUUACAUCUUGGAGGAUAGUGAGGAAAGACAUGGUGAUAUGGAAAUCGACAGAAUUGUGGAAACACUGGUAGAACGAUAUGGAAGACAAAACCUGUUUGAGGCACCCACUGUGCGCUUUCUGUUUGGUCUUUUGAGUAAAGAGGGAUUGAAAGAAAUGAAAAAGCUCCUUUCCUACAGCCUUCCUGGGAAGACAAAGUUGAAGCUGCUAUGGCACAUCCUAGGGAAAUCCCAACCCCAUCAACCACCUUGCCUGGGUUUGCUCCACUGUCUCUAUGAAAAUCAGGAAAUUGAGCUCCUGACACACGUGAUGCAUGAUCUGCAAGGAACAAUAGUGCCUGAGCCAAAUGACAUUGCAUGCACAGUGUCUCAGACAAACGUGAAGCACCUGGUGAUACAGACAGACAUGGAUUUCAUGGUGGUCACUUUCUGCAUUCAGUUCUGCUGUCACGUGAGGAGUCUACAGCUGAAUAUGGGAAGACAGCAAGGAUAUGCACUGACAGCCCCGAGGAUGGUUCUGUACAGGUGGACCCCAAUCUCUGAUGCCAGUUGGAAGAUUUUCUUCUACAAUCUUAAAUUCAACAGAAAUCUGGAGGAGUUGGACCUCAGUGGAAAUCCACUGAGUUACUCUGCAGUGCAAAGUCUCUGUCAGACCCUGAGAUUCCCUGACUGCCAACUAAAGACCUUGUGGCUUGUUGAAUGUGGCCUCACAUCCACAUCCUGCUCACUCCUGGCCUCAGUGCUAAGUGCCAGCUCCAGCCUGACUGAGCUAGACCUGCAGAAAAAUGACCUAGGUGACAGUGGUGUGAGGAUGCUGUGUGAGGGGCUCAGGAAUCCAGCCUGCAACCUCAGCAUCCUGUGGCUGGACCAGGCCUCUCUCAGUGCCCAGGUGAUUACAGAACUCAGGACCCUGGAGGAAAAGAAUCCGAAGCUGCACAUCUCCAGCAUGUGGAUGCCACACAUGAUGGUCCCCACUGAGAACAUGAAUGAAGAAGAUAUCCUGACCUCAUUCGAGCAGCAGAGACAACAGUCGGGAGACAAGCCCAUGGAACUUCUGGGGACUGAAGAAGACUUCUGGGGCCCUACAGGACCUGUGGCUACUGAGGUGGUUGACAGAGAGAGGAACCUGUACCGAGUUCAGUUGCCCAUGGCUGGUUCCUACCACUGUCCCAGUACAGGACUCCACUUUGUGGUGAGAAGGGCAGUGACAAUCAAGAUUGAAUUCUGUGCCUGGAGCCAAUUCCUGGACAAGACUCCCUUGCACCAGAGUCACAUGGUGGCUGGACCUCUGUUUGACAUCAAGGCUGAGCAAGGAGCUGUGACUGAAGUGUACCUUCCUCAUUUUGUAUCCCUCCAAGACACAGAGGCAAGCACAUUUGACUUCAGGGUGGCCCACUUUCAAAAACAUGGGAUGGUUCUAGAAACACCAGAUAGUGUGAAGCCUGGCUACACAGUACUGAAAAACCCAAGCUUCUCCCCAGUGGGAGUAGUACUGAGAAUAAUCCCUGCUGCCCGGCACUUCAUCCCCAUUACUUCCAUCACAUUGAUCUACUAUCGCCUCAAUCAGGAAGAAGUCACACUUCACCUCUACCUAGUCCCCAAUGACUGCACCAUUCAGAAGGCCAUAGAUGAUGAAGAAGUGAAGUUUCAGUUUGUGAGAAUAAACAAGCCACCCCCAGUAGACAAUCUUUUCAUUGGCUCCCGCUACAUUGUGUCUGGUUCUGAGAACCUGGAAAUCACCCCAAAGGAACUAGAGCUGUGCUACAGGAGCAGCAAGGAAUUCCAACUCUUCUCUGAGAUCUACGUUGGACACAUGGGUUCAGAGAUUAAGCUGCAAAUCAAAACCAAAAAGCACAUGAAACUCAUAUGGGAGGCCUGGCUGAAACCAGGAGACUUUAGACCUGCUCUGCCCAGGAUUACCCAAGCCCCCAAAGAUGCUCCUUCCUUUCUACACUUCAUGGACCAGCAUCGGGAGCAGCUGGUGGCCCGAGUGACAUUAGUGGACCCUCUCUUGGACAAGCUGCAUGGUCUGGUGCUGAAUGAAGAGUCCUAUGAGGCAGUGAGAACUGAGACCACAACCGAAAACAAGAUGAGGAAGCUCUUCAGCCUUAGCCGGUCUUGGAGUCCAGACUGCAAAGAUCGAUUCUACCAAGCUCUGAAGGAGACCCAUCCUCACCUGGUCAUGGAUAUCCUUGAGAAGUCGGGUGGGGUUUCAUUGGGAUCCUGAAAUUGGUAGGAACCUACCAUCACCUUUCCUGAGAGGCUUCAUCCAGCAGCGG